UCGUUGGCUCACUGCACUACUUUGUACGAGUUAAUCUAAACUCUCACGGAGGCGCUCCGAGCGAUUGUUCAAAAUGUUUGGUGCAAAAAUGCCUGGACCUGGGGGGUUUACUUUUGGGGGACCACCGACAACAUCAGUUACAGCGACAGGUGGAUUUAACUUAGCUGGUGCAGCUGCACAGGCUGGUCAGCAUGUGGCGUUUGGCACCACUGGACAAAACCCUGCUACAAGUGGUACUACAUCUUUUAACUUUGGCAAUACUCCAGGGUCCACAGCACCAGCAGGUCAAGGUGGGUUCAAGUUAGGAGCAACAACACCAGCUUUCCCUUCCAGUCAGCCAGCAGCACCUACUACAGGUUUCACAUUAGCGGGAACAACAACACAAUCUGGAGGGUUAAAAUUAGGGACAGCGACCCCUACUCCGGCAUUCCCCGGAACCAAUACCGCCAGUGUCGCUCCUACAGUGGGCUUUUCCCUACCUUUCACCAGCAAUACGACGGGGGGACUGGGAGGAUUAACAGGUGGGGUACGACCAACACUGACCAGUACUGCCUCCACUGCAGGAGGAUUCACAGGGUUUAACAACCCCGCCAACAAACCAACAACAGGUUUGUUAGGCACUUCCACAGCUAGUGGUGGAAUAUUUGGGACCCAGGCCACCACAUCACAGGGAUUAGGAGCCACCACAGCUAGUGGUGGAAUAUUUGGGACCCAGGCCACCACAUCACAGGGAUUAGGAGCCACCACAGCCAGUGGUGGUAUAUUUGGGACCCAGGCCACCACGACACAGACGGUGGGAUUAGGCACCACCACAGCCCCUGGUAGUAUAUUUGGAGCCCCAACCACAACAUCACAGACUGUUGGAUUAGGAGGGGUGGAUCCGAAAACUUCAAAUGCCUUGACUGGUGGAUCAGCUACAGAUCCCAAAGCAGGUGAUGGAAAAACCUUGAAAAAGAGUCACCUUCCUCCCGAGAUCAUGAAAACAGUGGAAGAUUUCAAGACCUUUGUCAAGGAUGAGAAGACUGUCCAGGAAGGCAUAUCUCGAAUGUCCUCCAACCCGAUGCACAAAGUCCAGGAGGACGUGGUGUCCCUCAAACAACUUCUGUCCAUAGUGUCCAACGGACUCCAGAGGAAUGCGUGUGCCGUGGAGAAACUCAAGAAGGAGAUGACCCAGGAAUUGAAAAAUGCAGAAAUGGCGCAACGAACAAAGGACAUCCCUGCUGGACUCCAGUAUGAAAACACAGCACCAACCGAGUAUUUCCAGCGACUGGUGGAGAAUUUUGAGACCCAGAUGUUAACAUACAGACAACAAAUAGAGACCCUGGAGGGACAUCUUCACUCUAUCAGCCAGCCCAGCGUACUGUCCCCCGAAGAGCUGAUUGACUUGCUGAGGAAACUACACGAGACCUUUAUAGCACUAGCUGCCCAGUUACACCAGGUCCACGAAGCAGUGAAGACUCAGAAAGAGCUGUAUCUGAACUACAGAAAAAUCUUCCUCCAUGACACUAAGAACAUAUUUGAGCGAGAGAAGAAACCGGUGAAGCCAAAAGUCCUCGUGGAUCACUUUGGUCCCAGUCCGUUUUCUGGACUCUCCAAUGCUGCUGCUGUUGCCAUGGCAACCGCCUUGACAAAAUCCCAACAGCCAACAGCUGCGCCACCUGUAGGGGGACUGGGGACGCUGGUCCAGCCAGCGGGGGGAUUCGGCACCACCAGAUUGCUGGGGGCCCCCACAACGACAGCACCAGCAUUUGGAUUCGGUCUGGGAACCACAACUACCACAGCAUCAGCAUUUGGAGGGUUUGGUUCAACCGCCGCCACCACCACUGCAAGUUCAGGUUUCAGCUUCACUGGCUUGAACACCGCCACAGUGCGCCCAUUAGGAUUCGGGACUCCCAGUACCACAACACCAUCGCUGUUUGGAACACCUCAGCCUGGACAGACCACCCCAGCUUUCGGAACUCCUCAGCUAUUUCCUUCUGCGGGAGGUGAACAGCCAUUUCAGCUGAAUAAACCUCCAGGAACCAAACGGAAUAAGAGAUAAAAUCUUAACUUUUUUUAAAGUGAGAAAAGACCGUGCAGUAAAUAAACUUUGUGUUACUGUGGUGAAUUGUUUGUAAAUACAUGUACAUGUAAAUUCAUUUUAGAAAUGUUCAUAAGUGUAAUUAAAAUCAUUAAUACAAAGAGGUUGUUCUGCAGCAGUGUUUAAUGUACAGAGAGAGACCGAGACCUCGUGCUACUGUGUAUUCCGUAUUUUACGCAAGUACUUAAUAUGGUGAUGUGUGUCAAAUCGUGUGAACAUGAAUUCAUGUGUGGUCUGUUAAUAGGGAGUUCUUGCAUGUAUUUUAACAAUAGAAAAAUGAAACUGAAUAAUUUUUUCGCGAGGGAUGUCUCGCGAAAUUACGCUAUAUAAAUUAUUCAUGUAUAUUUAGGAAUCUAUAGCAUAAUUAUAUUAAUCCAACUUAUUUGUGGAAACCUCAGCAUCAUGGAUAUUUCUUGUUGUAACCUUGUAAUGUUUCUUGCAUGUUUAAGAUAUUCUUGGUCACGAAAAUUAGUCACUGCAAAACAGUUCAUCGUGAAAUAAUGUAAAUUGCGAAAUAACAUCAUCCUGAAUAAAAAUCACUUUACAGGA